CCUUCAAACUGGUAUAAGACCUAACGAAGAACUUGAAACUACUUUUGAGUCCUUGAGAGAACUUUCCUGUCCUCUCAGAGCUUGUAAAAUUUCCAUUAUAUCUCAAGAACUUGUGUGCUCUGGGAUAUUAAAAGCUAAAACAUUUGAGAAGAGUACAACUUCAUUUUAGCUUCUCUACUUAAGCCUUCGAACCGUGUUACAUCUUGUUACGUACCGAUAAAGUUGAUAAAGAGGCGUUUCUUAAAUGAUUUCGCUAUUUUUCCUUUAAGUUAAUUAUAUACACCACUAACUACUAUAAGAAAACCAGUCUUUGGGUAUUUAUCUCCUACAUUCCUGAAGACUUAAAGGUUAGAGAUAAAAUGGUUUAUGCCGCUACCAAAUCAACUUAGAAAAUUUUUUUGGAGAAUGUAUUUAUGUUGAAAUUUCUGGGGCGACCCCCGCAGAAGUCCUCUACUCUGGUUAUACGCUACACAGAAAACUUGAAGGUUCCACGCCGUCUUUGUCAUUUUCUGAAAUUGAGAAAAAAGAACUCGAGUCUCAAGGCAAUUUCCUCCGUGGGUUUGUCCACGCGCUAUGAAGUCGCCAGGAAAUUAUCCUUUCCUUUAAAUAAGCCGGCUGUAGGGGCAUUAAAGGAAUUGGCAAAUCUCACAAUCACGUUUGUUUCGCUCGCCUUAAAUCUUAUUGAGGAGAAUACCUGCCCAGAUCAGCGUGCCAACUCCACGGGUAAAGAAAUAUCCGCAGCGUCCUCGAUACUUGUUUACUGCUUUCAACCACGAACGUCAGGGGACUGGGGAAACCCCCAUUAUUUUUGUCUACCUCUGUCCCGGAAUUAAGUGCUCGAUUAAAGAAAGGAUGUGUUAUUCCUCUUGUAAAAGCUCUGUAGUCACCGCUGCAGAAGAGCUGGGCUUAAAGAUUACUACAAAGAUAGAAAUAUCAUCUGCUCAGGAACUGACAGAAGAAAGCAUUCUUUCUAAAUUGUACCCACAAGAAAAAGCAAGAACACAUAAGUUUUCAAAGCCUAAAGCAGUUGACCAUGGCGCGCGGAGACUAAUAACUUAACUAAUAGUUUCUAGAAAGAAAGCAACGCUGUGAUUUUAAUCAAACAUAACCGUUGCAUUUCAACGCUCUUCCAGUUUAGUCCUUUACAAUAAAGUUUUGCAA